AAAACAUGAGUACUGUUUACUAUUACUGUAGGCAUAGAUAAAUGUAGGUGAUCAGGUGUGGUUUUUGUGGUUCUUAGGUGAGGAUUAUUAUUUCCUGGUUUAAAAUAGGUUUUUUUGAAUAUAGGUGAGUGGAAAUUUUUACGAAAUGGCAAAAAACACAUCAAGUUCUGCGUUUCGUAAAAUUGACGUGGAUCAGUACAAUGAAGAUAAUUACAGAGAAGAAGAAGUUGCUGAGUUACAGUCUCCACCGGCUGGCCCGGAUGAAUCAGAAGUGAUUGGCUUGAUGAACCAAGGAAAGCACAUUGAAGCCCUGAAGAUAGUGCUGCGGAACGCUCCACUCGGCUCAAAGAACCAGCAGGUGAAGGACGGAGCCCUGGGACUGACGCUGCGCGUGCUGCUGGCCAUCAAGUCGUCGCAGGUGGAGGAGGCGGUGGGCGCCCUGGACCGCGAGCAGGUGGACGUGCUCAUGAAGUACGUGUACCGCGGCUUCGAGAGCCCCUCCGAGGGCAGCAGCGGCCACCUGCUGGUGUGGCACGAGAAGGCGUACGCCGUGGGUGGCGUGGGCAGCAUCGUGCGCGUCCUCACCGACACCAAGCGCGUCUGAGCGCUCCCGCGCGCCUCUCCGCCCCGCCACUUGUCAGUAUUCCCACUGCAGUUACGUGCAGAGGAGCGGGGGGAGGGCAUGAAUAAUUCCCUCUCCCCUUGCGUAUGUCCCUGGUUACGUGAAACUAUGAUUAGGUUACAAACCAAGUAAUCGGGGCAGAAGAUUAAAAUGAAGCAACCUUUUUUUUUUUUUUCCCCCCCCCCCCCCCUUCACUCGUGAGGACAAGAACCAAGCUGCGAACGGCAAAAGUAAUAGUGAGCGGAAGUGGUGAUUUUUUUCUUUCGGUUUCAGUUGGGUUUACGGUCAGGAAAAUUUGUAAAUCUUUCCCUCAGAAUCCUAUUAAAUGAGGCUAAUGUACAUAGUUAAUAAUAUAGACAAGAGCAGGUAAUAUUAAUAGUAGAACCGUGCAAAAUUUCAUGAAAUAUGUAGCUCUAUGAUGGUAGUCAGAUAAACGAGUGUGUUUAAUUUUAACAUACGAUUGGAGAAAUUGAAUAAUAAUCUUUUGCAGUUAUUCUUCAACUAAUUUAAUAAAAGUUAUUUAGGAAUACUUUUAAAAUAUCAGUUGUGAUGUUAACUGUGAGAAAGUAAUUGUAACCCUCACCUCUUCCUCUUUUUUUUUCUUUCUUUCAAAAAAGCCCAACAAAAUGAAAAAUAAUGGUUAGUGCUAUGUAAUUAGCGGGUGGCCAUAUCUGCAUGAUUACAUGGUAAAUGUGUGAAGCCAUUAUUUUUCCUUCAGACGUCGUAUUAUGUUGGUUUGGUGUCCAAAACAUUGGCGGAAGCUUCGUGUUUGCAUUGUGGAAACAGUUUUAAAUGCUGUUUUGGAUUAAAGUGACUGUGUUUAAUGAUGGAGAUUCUAAUUCAUACUUACUAACCAUCAUGAGACAGGCGUCCUCAAGCACCAUUUCCGCAAUGUUUUGGGCGAAACAAAACAGCGAUGGGGAGGUUAAAAGUAAAUUCAACUAUGCCAGAGAAUGCCAUUUCAUGACUCUCCUUAACUCCGUGUAUCGUAUAUGCAAGGUUAAAUUAAGAAACUCGGAUCCAAGUUCAAUGUACAGGGUAGUGUGCUUACAAAUUACUGAAAGACUGGUCAAGUUGCUGGGAACUUCAAUUUCCAGUUUGUACGUGAAUUUAGUUUUUCAGUUAUUAAUUUUUUUAAUCAAACUUAAAAAAAUUGGCACGUUCCUGCAAAUAGUACCGUAUUUAAUCGCAUAAUGUCCGCACCUUUCUUUUUAAAUAUUUGAAAUGGAAUUUUUUAAAAUCCGCAUAAAGUCCGCACCAGACAAAGCAACCCUGGCCACCCCUGAAAGGCACAGUAACGGGAUGGAAAAUUACCGAUGCUGUCAACAAUGCUUUGACUUUGAGUUGCUCAUUUCUCCAGAGCGGUCGCUGAGAGGGUUUUGUGGCGUGGUGAAACCGUCUGGACUCAGAAACUCGCACUCCACUGCGCAGCUGCCUGCGACGUCACGCGAGUUGCAAGGGGAUGGGCUAUAUAUAGCACAAGCCAGUACACGUCAACUCACACUACGUCACAAAGUAGGGGAGGUAGCGGAGAAGUGGUGGGGGUACAUGCGCACAGUUAUUUUUUAUACACACAGUGGGCAAGGGACAGGGAGGGAGGCUCGCCGGCGCCGGCUAAUGCAGACAUUAGACAUCUGCCCCGUGCCAUCAGUGGCCAUCUUAAUGAAAGAUUAAAAAAAUAUCUUUUCACGCAAAGCGUUUAUUUUGUGUAGGCUGGCUGCGGCUUCUGAAUGUAGGAGCGCACAUGCGAGAGAGAAAAAAAAAAAAAAAAUGAGUGGCGUCUUCCACUAAUCGCCGGCACCCAAUUAUCUCGUGACCUGUCACAUUUCUCACGUCCGCUGCGGAGGGUCGCCAGUUACCAGCGCUCUGCUAGUAAACUAAUUAUGAGAGAAAAAUUUUUUUACUCUACACAAAACGUAAAAUUUUGAGGAAAAAUUUUUUUUUUGGACUUCACCUCAAAUUGUCCGCACCCAAUUUUUUGGUCAAAAAUGUAGCCUAAUUACUGCGGACAUUAUGUGAGUAAAUACGGUGUGUGUAUGUAUGUGUAAAUAUAUAUUUGUCGUAUGUCUAAUUUUUCUUAACAGGGUCAAUUUUAUAUGCAAUAUGAAAAGUUUAAAGAAAAAUUUAUUAAUAAAUCCUUAAUUUGUUUUACCAGGUAACACUAAAUACCCUGAUGCAUUAAUUUUAAUAAACAUAGUUACUCAAAUAUGUUAAUUGUAAUAAACAUAAUUACUCAAAUAUGUUAAUUGUAAUCACUGUGCAACACACAAUCUUUGUGUUCCACAGUGUUUCCUAGUGGAGUUUAUGGGCAGACAGUAUUAAUAAUUGCAAAGGGAUUCUGAUUUAAUGAUCUUAAGUAUUUGUAAGAAUGAACUCUUGGAUUUAUUGUUAAAAAAUAAAAUUGUUAUUUGAAGGAUUAACAUACAUUUUCUGUAUUGAAUUUAAGUAAUUUUUUAUUUUUAAUGUAUUUGUGAUGACUUAACUAGUGUGAUUUAGCUAAAAAUUGGUGCAAGUAUGCACAAUUAACAUUAACUAUCUCUUUAGUAGGAGCUGUCACAGAAUACAAAAUAAAAAUUAAAAGCCAUAAAGCAAA